CCUCACCAGAGAUUUACUUUGGGUUUAUAUUUUUGUCUUUUUAAAUUCUCAUCUUAAACAGAACACGGAGAAAAACUCCUGAAUCAAUUGAGAUCCAGUGAUAAAGAUGGAGUUUAUUAAAGAGGAGAGUGAAGACGUGAAGAUUGAAGAAGCUUUCAGAAUCAAACAAGAAGAUACCGAGACACAAACAGACCUGAUGCUGCUGAAAAUGGAGAGUCAAGAACUCGAAGUGGAAGAGAAAAAUCUGUGUCAGAUUCAACGCAAUUUCAUGACGGGAGAAAAACCCAGACUGACUGAAAAGAUUUCCUCCCGAAGAAGAGCUCAGAAGACCAAACCUAAUCAAACACAAAAACAAAACCUUGAAACCCACAAGAGUGUUCAUGCUAAAAAGAUGUUUGUAUGUGAUCAGUGUGGAAAGAAUUUCUCAAAAAAGAAAUGCCUUAAAAUCCAUGUAUUUAUUCACUCCACAGAGAAACCUUUCAUGUGCAACCAGUGUGGAAAGACUUUCAAAUUAAAUAAAUACCUUACGACUCACAUGAGAGUUCACACAAAAGAGAGGCCUUUCACCUGCAAACAGUGUGGAAAGAGCUUUUCACAAGAAGUACAUCUGGACACUCACUUGAAAGUUCACUCUGGAGAGAAGUCGAUCACAUGUGACCAGUGUGGAAAGAGAUUCACACGUAAAGGGGACCUUAAUACCCACAUGACUCUUCACACAGGAGUGAGACCUUACAUCUGUCAAGUGUGUGCAAAGAGCUUUUCAUGCAAAGGAAAUCUUAACACUCACAUGAGAACUCACACUGGAGAGAAGCCCUUUAUAUGUGAUCAGUGUGGAAAGAGUUUCAGAUUUAGAGCAACUCUUAGUUACCACAUGACUAUUCACUCAAGGGAAAACUCUUUCAUUUGUCAUCAGUGUGGAAGGAGUUUUACAGACCGAGAUGAUCUUAAGACUCAUGUAAUGACUCACACCGGAGAGAAGCCCAACAUGUGCCAUCACUGUGGAAAGAGUUUCUCAAAGCAAUUUCUCCUUAAGAAUCACAUUAGAAUUCACACUGGAGAGAAACCGUUCUCCUGCAAACAGUGUGGAAAGAGUUUCGCCAUUAAAGUAAACCUACAGUCUCACAUGAGAGUUCACUCUGGAGAGAAGCCAUUCACCUGUCAUCAUUGUGGAAAGAGUUUCAAAAUUAAAAGAAACUUUAACAGUCAUGUGAGCCGUCAUGUGUAAAAUGUAUUCGGCCAUCACACUUGAUGCAUCUGUGCAUGUGUUCGAGACCCUAUUUGUGUCAAAGGAGUUUUAAAUAACAUAAAUUGCAAGACUUGAAUUGUGCUUGUCAGAUAAGG